AUGGACGAACCAACAUCAAAAGACAAAUUCGAAGUCAUAGAUGGACGACGAUUUCAAUCAUUAGAUGAUUCAAACUAUGUUUUGCCAAACGAUGCUGGAGAAGAAGAUAGAUUAGAUAUGCAACACGCUAUGAUAAAACAUGCCUUCGACGGGAAUUUUUCAGCACCUGUCGACCAAUUGUUGAGGAGUGGGGGAAGGGUACUUGACGUCUGUUGCGGUUCAGCCGCUUGGACUUUAGACCUAGCCAAAGAAUACCCCAACUCUUAUUUUGUCGGCGUAGACAUUGCACCUGUGGUCCUUGCAGACGAAAAGCCUAGUAACGUCGAGUUUGUAGAAUAUAAUGUCCUUGAUGGACUUCCUUUUAAUAGCAACUCGUUCGAUUUCGUAUUUGCCAGAGCUCUUGUCUCCGUAUAUACAAGAGAACAAUGGACUGAGCUUGCCAUUCCUGAGUACGCGAGGGUUACCAAGCCAGGCGGAUGGGUAGAGUUGUUGGAGUGGGAUGGAAUGAUAAGAGGUCAAGGCAAAUGCGAGAAUAUUCAGCAUAUGAAUAAUGCAUUGCCUGGUUUAUUUGAAUCGAAAGGCGGCCUUAUUGUGUCACCUGGCUUUGAAAUCCAAGGCUUCCUUGAACAGUCUGGUUCGUUUACAAACAUUGGUCACAAAGAAAGACCCAUUCCCUUAGGGCCAAAGGGAGAAAGAUACGCUGAAAUGGGAAUACGAGAUUUUCGGGACGUCUGGCGUGCAAUGAAAUAUCCCUUUACAGUAUCAAUGCAGGUGACUGGGGAACACUAUGAUGCUAUUGUCGAAGCAGCAGUCAAGGAGUUAAUAGAUUAUGGUGCCAUUUGGGAACAUAUGAGAGUAUGGGGUCAGAAAAAGAAUCGUACUGCUUAG